AGUGAACUAUUAGAAGACCUCAGAUCGCCGUUAAUACAACUCUGGAACACCAAAUCUCAAUAUAAAAUAUAUAUAAGAGUCUUUUCUAGUCUCUUUCUUUUCUCCCUCUCUUUUUAUCCUCCCUCCUUCCCUAGUCCCUGACUCUCUCUCUCUCUCUCUCUCUCCUUGAAUUGCUCCCUCUUAUAAGUUAUAUAACCAACGGCAACCUCGAUAUCUUGCCUUAGUAUGAUCACAGUGCUAAGAGCUUAACAUUUGCUUAAGAAAAAAAAAUCAACACUUUUAAUGUAAUAAAAUAAGAAAAUAUCAAGGAGAAUAAAAAUAUUGUGCAACUUGAAGCUUCCUCAUCCUGCUCAUCUCUUUCUUCAUCUCAACAUCAUCUUCGCAAUCAUCCUAAUCAUCAUCAUUUCCAUUCACACAAGUUCACCGAAACAAACACACACAUAACAUUCACCAUCACUUUUUGUACCUUUACCUUGUGUUCAUGUGAGGCCAAAAUCAACAACAACAACAACAACAAAAUCAACAUUCACAGCAUCAUCUUCAUCAUAAUCACCAUCAUUAUCAUCCAACAUCAACAAUAUAAAAGAGCAACAACAGUUAAUUUAAUUACUUCUGUUCUCUUAUUAAUUAUGAUUAUCAUGUAGCUGCAAUCAUUUAAUUUUCGUUCCCAACAAAAAAAACCAACACCGAUACGAAAUCAUCAUCAUCAACCACAUCAUCUUCAACAUCGUCUACAUCAUCAGUAUCAUCAUAGCAACACAGCUGAGACCUUGAUAGAAAAAAAAAGUUUUUUUCUUUUUCCAUGAUUCUUGAAAAGAUAUUUCAAUCUUCCAUCAUUAGCAACACCAACACAAUUCAAUGGAAUAAUAUUAAUAUUAAUAAUACAUCGACAGUGUAUAUAACAUAUCGUCACAAAUUAUUGACAGUGUCUACUUUAUCUUCAUCAUCUUCAAUUUCAUCAUUACCAUCAUAAUAUCAUCCGUUUUAACAACAUCGUUAUUUGCAACAUCAAUAGUCAAUUAAUUUAACGAUUGUCAACAUUAUUUUAUCUCUCACAUUAUUGUUUCCCUUUUUGUAGAAAACGAAUCAGAAAAAAUUAUUAUUAUUAUAAAUAUAUUAAAGUAAAAAAAAGAAAUAGAUAGAAAAAUAUAAUAAUAAUAAUAAUAAUAUAAUCGAUAUGAGUUCGUAUCAAUUUGUAAAUCCAUUGACCUCUUGCUAUGGUCAAACUCGAGCUGGACCUGAUCCCGGUUCGGGUCCAUGUGACUAUUAUACACCUCAAGCGUACAAUAACUGUUAUGGUGGAGCCAGUGGGGUUAAUAAUACACUAACGGGCCCAUCACCAGGUGGACCAACUGGUUCAUAUUCAGCUUAUUUGAGCCACAAUGGUGGCGGUGGUGAUCAUCAUUCACAGCAUCCUAAUUCACAUACUCACCAUAAUGAUAGAGACACAUAUUCACAGGCAGCCUCGGUUGCCGCUGCUGCAGCCGCUGCUGCUGCACGUUUAACCCACCAUCCGGGAGCCGCUGUUGCCGCAGCGGCUGCGGGUUUGGGUAGUGUUUUAGGUCCUGCAGGUUCAACAGUAAACUCUGGUGUAACUGGAGGUGUACAUUCAAAUAACAGAUCCUCAACACCCUCCAGUUGUAAGUAUGGUCCAAAUCCAUUGGAAUCAGCCUCAUCACCUCAAGAUCUCAGUGCAACCUCAAUAUCUGGUGCUGGUCACUCAAACGACUCUAAGCCAACAUUAAGCGGUAACGGUUUGGUUGUUGGUUCCUCUGGAAGGUCCAACAAUUCAAACAGUGGCGGUGUUCGUGCUGUAGAUGAUUUAACUGGUUCAGGUAAUGGUUCAUCAAAUGGUUCCUCUGGUAAUACCAAUGGCGGUGAUUCUGCCAAUGGUAAUAGUCUUGUGUCACCAACAUCUAAUCAGAACUCCGGUGCUAAUGGAGGUAAUAACACCGGAACCGGAUCAAGUCAAUCAGGCAGUGGCAAUACCAAAAGUCAACCUCAAAUUUAUCCCUGGAUGAGAAAAGUUCAUGUUGGUCAAAGAGUUAAUGCAAUGGGAGAGACAAAAAGACAACGUACCUCGUACACCAGAUAUCAAACAUUGGAACUGGAAAAAGAGUUUCAUUAUAAUCGUUAUUUAACUCGACGCCGUCGAAUUGAAAUCGCUCACUCACUUUGUUUGACCGAAAGGCAGAUCAAAAUUUGGUUUCAAAAUCGACGAAUGAAAUGGAAAAAAGAGCAUAAACAUCAGAACAUGGUUCCUCCCCAAAUGUCUCAAUUAACGUUAGGACCGGAAUCACAUCAUCAUCUUCAUCAUCUUCAUCAUCAUGGAGAAACAAAAGCAUAGAUGAUACAAAUUAAUUGAUAAUAAUAAUGAUACAUAAUAAUAAAAACUUAUCUUAUCACUUUC